AUAUUAGUUUUCUCAAUUUUCCAUCGCGUGGACUAAUUUAAGUCAAGCCCGCCAGUCAAACACAUGAACAUCUUUUUCGAAAGUACCGAAGGUCACGUGUUGCUUCUUUAAAUAGCUUUUCGAAUAUAUUCUGCAAAGCAAAAAUUUUCCAUAUGCAGUAAUCAUGCUCCGCCGAGCUCUCCCAGUCCCACUUCUUUUUUUCAUUCUCAACUAUUUGCUUUUGCUUCAAUGCUGCUCUUCCCUCUCGCAUGAUGGCGUUAUUUUGCUUCAAAUCAGGAAGGAGUGUUGGAGCGACACGAGUGAUGCUUUGAGCAACUGGAACGAGUCUCACCAGAAUCCAUGCGCUUGGAAAGGAAUCUCCUGCGAUACAUUAAACACUGUUACCAGUGUUGAUAUCACAGGUGCCCUGAUUUCUGGCAACCUUACUUCUGAUAUAUGCAGCCUACCCAAUCUUAGAGACUUGACUCUCCAAGGCAACGCUUUCAGCGGUCCUUUCCCGCGUGGCCUCUUGGACUGCAAGCGUUUGCUAAAGCUCGAUUUGUCCAGCAACCAGUUCGCUGGAACGCUACCUGGUUACAUCUCAGAAUUGGGAGAGUUGAGAGUCUUGAAUUUAUCACAUAAUGCUUUCCGUGGCUCCAUUCCGACUUUCCUGGGCAAUUUAACGCAGCUGAGGUCGUUGGAUUUGUCGCAUAAUAAUCUCUGGGGUGAUAUCCAGACUUCCUUGGGCAAUUUAACGCAGCUGGAGGAACUAGGUAUGUCCAGGAAUUAUCUUAAGGGCUAUAUUCCAACCAGUUUAAUGGCUCUCUCAAAUUUGAGAACACUGCUUCUCUUUGAGAACAACUUGUCUGGGUCAAUUCCGACGAGCAUUGGCCAACUGAAAAGCUUAUCCAGUUUGGAUCUUGCCAUGAAUCAGCUUCACGGCACAAUUCCCCACGGCACAAUUCCCCACGGAAUUGUCAAUCUCACAUAUCUGAGUGUUCUCAAAUUGAAUCUCAAUCGGCUUACCGGAAAGGUACCCUCUCAGCUUGGGAAGCUACAACAGUUGACUAUCUUGAAGCUGUACAACAACAAGUUCUAUGGCUACUUACCCCAGAGUUUGGGUACAUACUCCAAUCUCGUUGAAGUUGAUCUGAUGGAAAGCGGAUUCGAAGGCCCUCUGCCAAAAAAUCUCUGUCGGGGAGGAGCGCUCUAUCGCUUUAACGGCUCUUCAAACAAUUUCAGCGGUACUCUACCUUCGUCCUUUGAAGAUUGCAAAUCUCUCCGCUAUCUGUACAUCAACAACAACAAUCUGAGCGGUGAGAUUCCUCCUGGGCUAUGGGGUGCUUUCAAUCUGAAGGAAUUGUCUCUUGAUAACAAUAAGUUUGAAGGCAAAAUUUCAGCUGCAAUUGCUGAAGCGAAGAAUCUGACUCGACUGGUGAUGAGCAACAACCAUUUCGAAGGAAGAAUACCUGCACAAGUUGGACAGCUGACAAAUCUUCAAGUGUUUGAAGCCAGCAAGAACCGCUUGUCAGGCCCCAUUCCCCUCGAGCUCGCGAGCUUAAGUUCUGUCGAGGUUCUCCAGCUGGACCAUAAUUUUCUGUCAAGAGAAAUUCCCAAGGAAAUUAUGACGCUGAAGAAGCUCGUUCUGCUCGAUUUGAGUCACAAUCGACUUACAGGCGAAAUCCCUUCGGAGUUGGGACAACUGAAUCUGAGUAAUUUCAAUGUAUCCAACAAUUACUUGACUGGACUCAUUCCUGAAGAUCUGGAUAAUCCUCGUUACAAACAGCGCGUUCUACCCAACCCAUGGCUAUGCGGGGGUCGGAAAUUGAGGAUACCUCCGUGUUCCUCUCCAUAAGCUCUCAAUGGACACUGUGAAAAAUGACGCCAUUCCAUUUAACAGAAAGCCGAUGAGACAUACAUCCUCCGCAAUUUGAAGGAGUGCAGCGUUGUUAUAAAUAGAGGCACGUAAUUCCCGUAGAAAGUUGAUUUGUAUCGAGCAAGAUAAGAUCUCGAUAUCCAGACUCGAUGUAAUUGUUUUAAAUAAAUAA